AUGGACCCACAGCGACAAGAAUCAACGGACUACAUGGAUGAAUAUGCUGAAGCAGAUAACGUGUACUCCAAUGGCCAGGAGUCACUGAGACUGCGACGCCCUUCAUCUCGAGGGUCCAAUCACAACUACCCUCAUUUUAAUUGGAACCCGGCAGCCAACGAAAUACAAGAUGAUGAUGAUGAUGAUGAAGUGGAUGGCUAUAUAGAUUCCGGACAGGAGCCUCGGGACCUUCGCACCAUACCUCUGCCUUUGGCUCUGAAAAGGGCUGUGAGGCAGGUGCAGGAAAUGCAUGUGCCUGUUGCUUCCUCCACCAUGACAUCAUGGAAACAGAGGCAUCGCAAAACCCUGCAGAAAAUUCAAAAUAAUGCCACAGAGGUCUUAAACCUCUUUAUGUUAUGGAGGAAGUCUUUGCAAAAGAUUGGAGGUAACUUUGGUGGAGGCGUUGAGUCUUACUUCUUAUUCCUCCGCUUCCUGGUUCUACUUAAUUUUGUCUCCUUUCUACUCAUCGCUGGGUUCGUCCUCAUCCCCAGUGUCAUCUUCAGAUCUGUCGACACCAGCUUUGUCAACAAAACUGGGCCCGAGGAAUGCAUGGAAUACGAUCCUAAUCCUCAAGUCUUAGCCGUGUUCUAUAAUUACAUCCUUGACUUCCUUUCGGGAACGGGCUUCAUGGAGUAUUCAUACCUGUUUUAUGGCUACUACAGCAACACGCUAGUACGCGACACCAACUUCUCCUACAACAUCCCGCUAGCCUACCUUUUCACCGUUGUCUUCUUCUUUGCGUUUUGCCUCAUCUGCAUCAUGGCUAGGAUGGGGACAGCUGCUCGAGUUGCCGUGGCGACGGGAGGCAGCGCUGUUGGCGACUACAGCGCCAUCGUGUUCACGGGAUGGGACUAUGGUUGCCUGGGAGACCAAGCGACCAAGCUGAAGCAGAAGAAUAUUCAUUACCGGUUACAGGUGGACUUGGAGGAGCAGUUUUUGAAGAAAAAGGCAGCUGCUCUGACCACGAGUCAAAAAAUAGUCUUGUACGCCCUGCGCAUCGUCAUGGGUAUUGUUGCUUUGGGGCUCAUCGGUGCUGCCUGUUUCGGGAUCUUUGAGGCGACUGUUUUCAGUCAGGGGAAGAGUGGUCAACCGGGGAUUCUGGGAUUGAUUUUUGAGUAUCUACCCUCCAUUGUGAUCACCGCCGGAAACUUCCUGGUGCCUUUCCUCUGUGACCAGAUUGCCCUUAUUGAGCGAUAUCGACCUAGCACCACAGUCAUACUGGCUCUGCUAAGGGCAGUGUUCCUUCGCCUUGUGAGCUUGGGAGUUCUGCUGUUCACUCUGUGGGGUCAGAUCACAUGCCAGACAGACAAAACCAAGUGUGACGUGUGCCAGUACAACCAUGAGGAGUACCCGUGCUGGGAAACACGAGUGGGGCAAGAAAUGUACAAGCUAGCACUCUUCGAUCUCAUCGUCACCGUUGGUAUGCUAGCAUUGGUGGAGUUUCCACGGAGGAUACUGGUGGACAACUGGUCCAACAAGGUGGCUCGGUGGAUUGGUCGACAGGAGUUUGUCGUGUCCGCCAACGUGCUGGGCUUAGUUUAUGGCCAGACUGUGGUCUGGAUUGGGGCUCUCUUCUGCCCUCUGCUGCCCGCCAUUAACACAGUCAAAUUUGUCAUCCUCUUCUACUGCAAGAAGGUCACACUUUUCCAGAACUGUCGCCCUGCGCUCAAGACCUUCCGUUCCACCACCUCCACUUUUGUCUUCCUGGUGGUGCUCCUCUUUGGAUGGGCCAUGGCCACUCUGGUUAUGAUAUACAGUGUUGCAGCAAUCCGUCCAUCUUUCGGAUGCGGGCCUUUCCGCUUCUUCCCCUACAUGUGGGACAUCAUUCCGACAUCUUUCGAACGCCUCUCAGAAGUCACCAAAGAGUUUCUCUUCUUCAUUGGAUCCCAGGCCUUUUCCAUUCCUCUAUUUGCCUUGUCUUGCGUAGUGAUGUGUUAUUUCAUCGCUCUGGCUGCUGUUUAUGGGAAAAGUGUUGCUUUACUCAGAAAUCAACUCAAACAGGAGGGCCGCGAUAAGCAGUUCUUGGUCAAACAGAUAGAGAAGCUGAGUCGUCAACUUCAGAUACCAACAAGAGAUUUUGCGUGA